AUGAGGUUUGAUAGAUUAUUGUUCCCAAAAGGUGAGGUUAUUUUAGCUCACGUCUUGCAAUGUGGACAGGCGUUUCGCUGGGUAUGGAAUAGUAAUAAGAACUAUUACGCGACCAGUAUGCUGCUAAAUGAUUCAUUGGGUUAUAAAAUUGUUAUAUUAAGGCAGAAAGACGAAUCCACUAUAGAGUAUUCGAUUUAUAAAGACGAUUCUGAUAAAUCGUUUGAUGCAUUAAGAACCUGUUUGCAGCAUUAUUUAAGAUUAGAUGUAUCACUAGAAAAAUUGCUUAGUGAAUGGUCGGCUGUAGACAAGAAUUUUGUUAAUAAAUGUCAUAGAGGUGUUAGAGUUUUGGGCCAGGAGCCAUGGGAAACUUUAUGCUCUUUUAUUUGUUCUAGCAACAAUAAUAUUAGUCGUAUCACCAAGAUGUGCCAUUCCUUGUGUGGUGAAUAUGGUAAAGAAAUAGGAAACCUUGAUGGGAUUUCAUAUUAUUCAUUUCCAAGUAGUAAUGAUAUCGUUCAUAAAGCUUCGGAAGAGCAUUUGAGGGAAUUGGGAUUCGGUUAUAGAGCUCGAUACAUAAUUGGUGCUGCAAAGUUAAUGCAUCAGGAUAAACCAGUUAGCAUGUCGGAUACCGAAUACAUCAAAUCAUGGCAUAAGAAGUUAUCGAAACCCGAGAUUCGCGAGCGUUUCUUGGCAUUUCCUGGGGUCGGGCCAAAGGUAGCUGAUUGCGUUUGUUUAAUGGGAAUGCAGAUGGAUGAUGUGGUUCCGAUUGACGUGCAUAUGCAGCGUAUAGCAGAGAGAGAUUACCGAUUUAAUGCUACUGCAAACAAGGCAGAAGAGCUAAAAGAACGUUAUAAAGCUCUACCAUUAACCAGAAAAUCUAUGAAUAUCAAAUUAGAGCUGGCGCGGGAAAUGUUUGCUUCGAAAUGGGGGCCUUAUGCAGGGUGGGCACAAGGCGUUAUAUUUGCACAAGAGAUAAAUAAGACUGUCGGUGCUACUACUGAGGACAUGCACUUGGUGAAGAGGGUUAAGAAAGAGGAGGAAAAGUCCAGUAGCGCUACCUUGGAAGUCAAAGUUGAAGGUAUCGAAUAUUCAAACACUGGGCGUCCGAUGAGAUGGGCGAGCAAGAAGGUAAACUACAACGUGUGA